CCUUUUUCUGUCAAAAUCAAACCGCCUUUCCUCUUUGAUUUAAUUUCUCCUCUCUUCUUCUCCUUUAAAUUCCCCACCACACACCCACUUUCCACCACCACAAAUUUCCACCCGAAUUCCCCUCCUCUCUCCGCUCCGCCUUCACUUUCCGGCCAACCCCUCUGCCAUGAGCGGCCACAAACGAAACUUCACCACCACAGCCGCCGCCGCGGUCAGCCCCGUCGGCAGUCCCACCUCCGGCAACAUCUCCGAUAGCUCCACAAAAGAACAGGACAGGUUCCUCCCGAUCGCAAACGUGAGCCGAAUCAUGAAAAAAUCUCUUCCGGCGAACGCCAAAAUCUCAAAAGAAGCGAAAGAGACCGUCCAGGAAUGUGUGUCGGAGUUCAUCAGCUUCAUCACCGGCGAAGCCUCCGACAAGUGCCAAAGGGAAAAACGAAAGACGAUCAACGGAGACGAUUUGCUGUGGGCGAUGACUACUUUGGGAUUCGAAAAUUACGUCGGCCCUUUGAAGAUGUAUCUCAACAAAUACAGAGAAACAGAGGAAGAGAAACAUUCUUUAGCUAGACAGGACGAUCCCUCCCUGUCUCCGGCGAAAUCCGCCGCCGAACAGAUUAUUAGUGGGAAAUCGGCGAAUUCGGUGAUGGAUUUUCAGAAUUUCAAUUCUGGGUUUUAUUCAUUGGGGAAUCAAAAUCAAAAUCAGGGGAAUCAGAAGAGUUUCAAUAUAAUCGAUGGCGUUGGAUUUGGUGAAAGUUUGAGGGGUUUCAAUAUUAAUGGAGUCCAUGAAAAUGGAGAAGGGAAUCGAGCUCGAGCUAUGGCGGCUCAUCUUCAACAGAGCUCUGGUUGGUGAUUUCAAUGGUUGAAUUAUAAAUUUAAUCUAGAAAUUUAGAAUUAAGUCCUUACGUAUUAAAAUUACAAUUUCAUAUCGAUAGAACUUUGAUUUGGUUAAAAUUUUCAUAAAAUAAAGUUUUAAAUUCUAAAUUUCAAACUAUACUAGGUAAAUUCCAAUUUUUUCUAGACCAAAAUUAUAAUUUUAACUCAUAAACACGAACUACAGAAAGAGAGGGGAAAAAAUCGAGAUUUUCUGAUGCUAUUCAAGGUUUUUUUUUUUUUUUUUUUUCUUUUUUGGGUCGAAUUUCGAUGUCAUUUUUAGAUUAAAUUAAGGAGAUUUUAUCAUUAUAGUCUUAAUACAUUUUUAUGUAGGGUUUUAUGAGUUAGUUUAUGGGCUUUAGAAGGGA